AUGAACUCUUCCUCCUAUGCGAACCAAAGCGGCUCUCCCCUCUUCUGCCUCCUGGGUGCUGUGGGUUACUCACAAAGCCUGGACACCUGCAUGCUGGAGGUGGCCAUCAUCCUCCUGCUCACUGUGCUCAUCAUCGCCGGCAACCUGGUGGUGAUUUUUGUCUUCCACUGCGCCCCGCUGCUGCACCACCACACCACCAGCCACUUCAUCCAGACCAUGGCCUACGCCGACCUGCUGGUGGGGGUCAGCUGUCUUGUGCCCUCGCUGUCGCUGCUCCACUACCUCCGAGACCUGAACGAGGAGCUCACCUGUAAGGCGUUUGGCUACAUGGUGUCCGUGCUGAAGAGCGUCUCCAUGGCGUCCCUGGCCUGCAUCAGCGUGGACCGCUACAUCGCCAUCACCAGGCCGCUGUCCUACGCCACCCUGGUGACACCCUGCCGGCUGAGGGUGUGCAUUGUCCUCAUCUGGCUUUACUCCGCGCUGAUUUUCCUGCCCUCCUUCUUUGGCUGGGGGAAGCCAGGCUACCACGGGGACAUUUUUCAGUGGUGUGCGAACUCGUGGAAGACCAACCCGGGUUUCAGCACCUUCAUCGUGGUGCUGCUCUACGCCCCGGCGGCGCUCACCGUCUGCUUCACCUACGGGAGUAUAUUUCGGAUCUGCCGGCAGCACACGCGGGAGAUCACGCAGCGCCACGCGCGCUUCAGCGCGCAGACGGACGGCGGCAAAGGCGAGCGAGGGGAGCGCUGCGAGGGCUGCACGGACAAGCGCUACGCCAUGGUGCUCUUCCGCAUCACCAGCGUCUUCUAUGUGCUGUGGAUGCCGUACAUCCUCUACUUCCUCCUAGAAAGCGCCGGGCUGUACCACCACAUGGUGGCGUCCUUCCUCACCACAUGGCUCGCCAUAAGCAACAGCUUCUGCAACUGUCUGAUCUACAGCCUCUCCAACAGCGUCUUCCGCAAAGGGCUCUGUAGCCUCUUCAGCCCACUGUUUCCCUCCUGCCUCAUCUGCACGGACGGCAAAAAGCCGCCUGCUCCCGUCAGCCUGCGAACAGACACCCGAUGCCAGCAGGGUGCUGCUUAUUGGCUGCAAGAUGAAGAGUAA